AUGUUGCAAGAAUAGUUUAUUUCAUAGAAAGUUUUAGAAGAAGCCUCUUAUUUAUAAUUUUUGGAAGAGUUGGAAAUAGCGAAAAGAAGCGAUUUCUUCUCCAUUGAAGAUUAUUAAAAACUUAUGAACAGGAUAAUUAAUGGAGUAUUCGAUGAGGAAAUCAACAUAGAGAUAUUUGAAGUAUGCCAAAAGAACUAUAAUAAUUAAGUUAGAGUUGAUGAGUAUAUCAGGAAUACUAUUAAGGCAGAAGAUUAACUGCUAGAAAAGAUUUAAAUAUUUAGCGACUUGAAUAUAUAAAAGUAAAAGGAAAUAGCAGAAAUUUAAAAGCAAUAAGAACUAAUUGCGUAGAACAAGUUAGAAGUACCAAUUGAAUCCUACUUUAAAAUUAAUAUUUAGAGUGUGGAAAUUGUUUUGAAAAACUAAAGUAAUAUCCAUACAUCGGUAGAUUUAAUUUAUUUAAAACUGCAAUCACAUGACGGAUUUCUUCGUACAUCUUCAGCUUAACUAAGUGAAGACUAAAGAUAGGUUAUUCCAUAUAAAGAGAUAUUUAAUAUCCUACUUUAAAAGGAAUAAUAAAACCUAGAGAUAGAAGUUUGUGGGCUCUAAAAUUAAGAAGAAAUAGUUUUGUUUAGAUAAUCAGUUCCUUUGUAUUAAUAUCAGUCUGGAUACAGUAUUAAUCAAAGAAUAAGAACAACAUGUGAAAAAAAAGAUCUUGCUGAAGCAUGCUUUGUCAACAUAAUAGCAGAAAUCAACAACGAUAUUAAUGGGUAUUAUGAAACACUUAUAAGCCAGUUGAUUCUGUAACAGUAAGAAAAUAAUGAUGAAAAAGUUCAAUAUAAGAGCGAUUUGAUGUAUAUUCAAAGACCUUAUAUUAGACUGGCUAAUGAUUACAAUGAAAAAGUAAUUAAAACUCAAAAAUUGAAGUAAUAAAAUUAGAUGUAAAAUCAAUAUUUCAAUAACACUACGAAUGUCAUUACAAAAAGUUCGUUACCACCGAAUUUUACAAAUUUAGAAACAAAUGAUAAUAUGAGAGUGCCUUCUCUUCCAACUAAUAUUUUGAAUUUAAGCUAUUAAUAAAGUGGACCGUUUUAAAAAGCAAAAGAAUUUAUAAAAGAUGCAAGCAAUAAUAAAAAUUAGCAGAAAGCUACACAAGAAGAGUAGUAAAAGUAAUAAUACAAAAUAAAUUAUUUCGUAUUAACUCUUUUUGCUUACUUUUUCUUCUCUGUUAUCAGCUGUUUAGACAGCUCGAAAUUCAUGGAUCUGACUGCCUGCUGCUUUCUGUUUUUAAUUCUUAUCAAUAACGCUGCUUAGCUUAAUUACUUAGUUUUUUGCCAAAUUAUAGUUUUUAUAUCUUUAUUACAAGACCUUGUUUAUCUUUAUAUCCAUACAUAGGACUUUUAGUUUAAAUUCGAAAAAUCUUCUCCAACAGAAGUAGAAGCAGCUAAACUAUUUAGAGGCUUAGAGAGAGUAUCAAUACUAGUUUCAUUCAUAAAUGCAUUUAUAAGGGUCGCUUUAAUUUACUAUAUUCACAAGAUAUCAAAUAUAUUUAGUUCAUUUUAAAGUCCGUUUUAUUUUGGUGUUGAACCAUUUAAAUUUUAACUUGGCGGAAUUUAUGUAAAGAAUCCCUUAAACCUUCUUGAUAACAAACCAGAAAUAGACUAAUAAUACGGAACAAAUUAUUGA